AUGGCGGCUACAACUACAGGAAGUAUGGCCAACCUUCAUCGUUCAAAUAUGAAUCUUGCUCAUGACAGUGAGAAUAAGAAGAAGGCUGCAGCUGCACAGAAUGCUAUUGAAAAGAAGCGCGCAUCUCUCGAUGUCCGACAUAGAUAUCUUUUGGAAAAGUUUGCAACUCUCGUUGAAGAGAAACCCGCAACUCUAGAAAAUGCCCUACUUAUUGGAAACAAGCUUGACAUUGUCAAUGAUUUUUUGGCAGAGGGUGGUUCUCGUAAAGUCCUUCUUUUCUGGCAAAAGGAUGAUUUGAGUCCAUCAAAAACGGCGGGUGCUCCUCAGACAAAACCAUAUACCCUUAUUGUCACCAACGGCAACAAGGAAGUUCUCACUGGCGUUGGAGCUUUCUUUAUCCGUACCAGCACAAAAGCAAUUUCCGCUCAAAAUGUAUAUCUGGAUGUUUCUUUUGGACCGUUGAACCCUAACUUGCUUCCUUCUCUUACCACCAUGGUAAAGCAUGUUGUUAUGCCUGCACUUCGCGCUCAGGAAAGCUGGGGAGUUUUGGCAAAGCAAAAGGAUGAAUCUGUUAAAGGAUUUAUAGAAGCUCUUGAAAAGUUUACCGUUGAUCUUGAUGUUGCCAUGGUAAACCUCCACGACAGCGUUCAGCUGCACCCGUGCAACAUUGAUCUGGAUGCAUACAAAAAACCAUCCGAUUAUGCCAACGCCGCACAUUCUCCUGACAUCACCAAUGCUCUUGAAGGUUUGGUCAGCGAAUGGUGCAAACAAAUCGAACAGGUUCUUGCAGAAAGUGAACAAAUGCGAAAAGAAGCAGAUGAUAUUGGCCCAAAUGCAGAAUUGGCUCAUUGGAAGGCAAGAAUGGUUAAAUUCAAUAGCAUCACUGAUCAACUUAAAAGCUUCCUUUGUCGAAAAGUCAUUGGCAUUUUAAACGCUGUCAAGUCGCGUACCCUGCUUAAAACAUGGAAGGAUCUUGAUGAUCGUGUGACAGAUGCUGCCAACGAAUCCAAAGACAACGUGAAAUAUCUGUAUACUCUUGAGCGUUUCUGUGAUCCUUUGUACCGCAGUGAUCCAAUUGGGAUGAUUCCAGCCAUUCCAGGACUCAUUAAUGCCAUUAAAAUGAUAUAUUCCAUCUCGCGAUACUACAACACAUCUGAGCGCAUGACAUCUUUAUUUGUCAAAAUCACCAAUCAAAUGAUUACUAGCUGUAAAGAGUUUGUAUACAAAGAUGGUGGUUCCAAGAUUUGGGAUUUGGACAGGCAAGUGCUUGUUCGCAAACUCAUGGACUGCCACAAACUUAAUGAAGCCUAUCAGCGCUGUUUCCACGAAAUCAAAAAGAAGCUGCAAGAAACACCACACGAAAAACAGUUUGACUUUUCCGAAAUGUACAUAUUUGGAAAGUUUGAUGCCUUUUGCAAGCGUAUUCAAAAAGUCAUUGAUAUGUUUAAUAUCAUUGAAAAGUUUUCUUUACUCGAGACAUUGGGUGUCGAGGGAUUGGACUCCAUUGUGCGCAAGUUUUCAAACAUUCUAAUUCAGAUGCAGCGUAAACCGUACGAUAUUUUGGAUCAUCGUAAAAUGGAGUACGACUCUGACUACAAUAAUUUUAAAAAGCAGGUUUCUGAUUUGGAAAGUACUCUGCAGCAGUUUAUUGAUACUUCGUUUGAACAUAUAAUCAACACCGAGCAAUCUCUGGAACUUUUAUCCAAAUUUAGUCAAAUCAAGGAUAUGCAACUUGAUUUGGAAAAUAAGUACCACACAGUUUUUGUUCAUUACACGCGCAAGGAGCUUGAAGGUGUCCGUAAAUUGUAUCAAAAGUACAAGGAUGCACCACCUAUUUCUCGAAACACACCGCCUGUCUCUGGAUCUAUUGCAUGGGCCAGACAGCUAUAUCGCCGUAUUGAAACUCCAAUGAAGCGUUUCAAAAGCAGUACCUCUGUUCUUGAUUCAUCAGAAGCCAAAAAGCAUAUUCGCAACUACAACAAGCUUGCGCGCGCUUUGAUUGAAUUUGAAGUUUUGUGGCAUCGUUCAUGGUACAGUAUUGUAGACCAGGCAAAAACGGGUCUUCAAGCAACUUUACUUGUAUCCAACGAUGAGGGCCAUGUUUACGUCAACUUUGAUCCUCAGAUUCUUCAGCUUAUUAAAGAAACAAAGUGUAUGGUUCGUUUAGGACUUGAAGUGCCUGAAUCUGUAAAGAAUGUCUGCACUAAAGAAAUAUACUACAAAAAUCUAUACAACGGGCUAGUUCAUAUUCUUCAAACCAAAAAGCGUGUGCUUGAGCGGGUCUCAAAUGGUCUGCGCCGUGCCAUGGGUCCUCAUAUCGAUGAACUUGACCGUACUCUACAGCCUGGCCUCACCGCUCUUACUUGGACUUCGCUCAAUCUGGAUGACUAUCUUCAAGCCAAUCACAGACAACUAGCCAAACUGGAGGAGCUUGUAGAUAAACUGCUAGACAUUUCUGAAUGCCGCAUAGAAAUGGGUGUUCGCAAAACCGCCGAAAUUAUGCUGGUCGAAAUUCCAUCUGAAACCGAACAAUGGUCGGUUGAUACAUUUCUGGACAAAACAGAGAAGCGCUGCACCGCAAUGUUGCAAACCAUCAACAAUCGCAGUAAUUUGAUUGAAAGUGCUACUCGCGAUAUUAUUGCCGAGUUGUCCAAAGGGAUUGAAAAAAGCAUCAAUUCUGAUCUUCGGUUAGCAUACGAAAGUGUUUAUUAUAGCUCCAACUAUCUAAACUUUGAGGCUCUUGUACAAAACACCAAAGGAUCGUUGGAUAUGCUGCGUGGUCGUCUUGGUACUUAUACUACUAGCCAAUACAACAAGGCACCCAAUCAAAAACCUUUCUUUCGUGCCGAAAUUGUUUUGUUGAUCCCUAACGUGGUUUUGCAGCCAAAGCUUGAAGAUAUUCAAGGUGCUCUUAACAAAGCAGCCACGAUGGUUGUCGAUGUGUCUAAAAAGCUCACGCUCAACUGGAGUGUAUUUCUGGAUCAGCCAGAUGAUCAUACCACUGGCCACUAUCCAGAGGACACUUUCCAGGUUGCAAACAACAAAGAUGUGCUUAAAGUGAUUAUGUUGCUAAGCUCUACAGUCAAUUCUAUGAAAAAAGAUGUCGAGACUCAUCGUGAGCAAUUUGGUAAAUAUGAUUUUCUCUGGAAGGAAGAUAAAGUAGACACCAUUCAAAAAUUCCUUGGCAACAACCCUACCAUUGCUGAUUUUGAAAAUGAAAUCAACCGCUAUGAGUUUAUUGAGCAUGAAAUCAUGGAAAUUUCUGGUUCAACUCAAAUUGGUCUCCUGUUGAUCUCAGCCGAGCCACUCAAAUUGGCACUUUUGUCUGAAACAAAAGAGUGGAAGCAGCAAUACGGACUUAAUCUUAAUCGAAAGGUCAAGACUGACAUGGAGCAGCUAAUUGAGUAUAUGGAAAGUAAAACGAUUAAGCUGAGUCGAAAGAUUGCUGAUAUUGAUGAUCUCCGCAUUGCAGUUCAGACAUUGAGCGAAAUUCGCGAAGCUGAAGUGGAUAUUGACAUGAAGGUUGCUCCCAUUGAAGAAGCCUACCUCCUUCUUACCAAGCACAAUGUUACAGUCACACGUGAGGAAACAGAGAUGGUAGACUCGUUGCGAUACAGCUGGAAAAAGCUUAAAAUUUUAGUCAUUGAUACGCAAGCUCAUUUGGGUAAAAUCCAGCCUGUAUUUAAAGCAGACCUGAUUGGAUCCGUACAAAAAUUUUCUCAAGAUGUCAAAGAUUUCACUGUGGAGUAUACAGAAAAUGGCCCAAUGGCUGGCAACAUUCCGCCUAAAACUGCAAGCGAGCGAUUGAAUGUUUUCCAACGUGGCUUUGAUGAGCUUAAUCGUAAAUGGGAAACAUAUUCUGCUGGCGAAGAAUUGUUUUGUCUACAAGUGACUCCUUUUCCAACGCUGGUUCGUAUCAAAAAGGAGCUCAAACUGCUGCAGAAUUUGUACAGUCUUUACAAUGAUGUCUUGGAAAAAAGGCAGACGUACAGUGAAACGCUGUGGUCUGAUAUUGAUUUGGAAAAGAUUAAUACAGAAAUGACAGAUUUCCAAAACAAGAUCAAAAAGCUUCCUAAAGCAAUCAAGGACUGGGAUGCAUUUACAGAGCUGAAAAACAUUGUGGAAAACCUGUCUAGCAUGGUUCCGCUUUUGGAAAUGAUGUGCAACAAGUCUAUGCAGCAGCGUCACUGGGACAUUAUCAUGUCCAUCACUAAAACACAAAUCAAUUUGGAUCCUGAUAUGUUUUACCUCAAAAAUCUACUUGAUGCUUCAUUGGUUGAAAAUCGCGAGGACAUUGAGGAUACUUGUACAGCUGCCAUCAAGGAAGCCGACAUUGAAAUCAAGCUAAAAGCAACCGUGGCGGAUUGGGAGGACAAGAAUUUUACUCUUGCAGCUUUUAAAACACGGGGUAAUCUUGUGUUGAAACCGUCUGCUACAUCCGAGAUUAUUUCUCAAAUGGAAGACUCGCUCAUGACACUUGCAUCAUUGAUGUCCAACAGAUACAAUGCACCGUUCAAACCAACUAUUCAAACUUGGGUUCACAAUCUCAGUACUGCAUCUGAAGUGAUUGAAAAUUGGCUAGCUGUUCAAAACCUCUGGAUUUAUCUUGAAGCCGUUUUUGUUGGUGGUGAUAUUGCUAAACAAAUGCCCAAAGAGGCAAAACGAUUCAGCAACAUUGACAAAUCGUGGUGCAAAAUCAUGGGUCUUGCGAAUGAACAUCCAAAUGUCAUUCAGUGCUGUGUUCUCGAUGAAACCAUUGCUAAUUUACUUCCUCAUUUAACAGAACAGCUUGAGCUUUGUCAAAAAUCACUUUCUGGAUACCUCGAGUCUAAACGAGCCAUUUUCCCUCGAUUCUACUUCGUUUCUGAUCCAGCAUUGCUUGAAAUAUUGGGACAAGCCAGUGACUCUCAUACUAUUCAAGCACAUCUCAAGAGUGUAUUUGACAAUAUUGACAAGGUGCAAUUUCACGAUAAAGAGUAUGACAAGAUUAUUGGGCUGGAAUCAUCCGAAGGUGAACGCGUUUCUCUCAGUCGUCCCAUGUUAGCUGCAGGAAGUGUAGAAAUGUGGUUGGGUACUCUUCUCAAAUCUAUGCAGUCUUCUGUAAAUGAUAUCAUUCGCGAAGCUGCUUCUAGGGUCAAUGAUGUUCCUACACAAAAGUUUAUGGAUGAAUACCCUGCCCAAAUUGGUUUAUUGUGCCUUCAAAUCCAAUGGACUCAGAUGUGCGAGGAAGGCCUCACUCUUUCCAAAACAGACAAGAAAAAGAUGGCGGCAACCAACCAACGCAUCACAGAGAUUCUCAAUAUUCUUAUUGAAAACACCACUCGUGAUCUUAGCAAAAUGGAUCGUGUCAAGUACGAAACUCUAAUUACCAUUCAAGUUCAUCAUCGUGAUGUGUUUGAAAAGCUGUAUAAAACACAUGUGAAAUCACCUGACGAUUUUGAAUGGCUUAAGCAAGCCAGAUUUUACUGGCAAGAAACCAAGGAUUGUUGCGUAGUUUCCAUCACCAACUUUGACUUUAAAUACCAAUGCGAGUAUCUUGGAAACACUGAUCGACUUGUUAUCACGCCACUUACUGAUCGAUGCUACAUUACUUUGGCUCAAGCACUUGGUAUGUCUCUUGGAGGCUCACCUGCUGGUCCUGCUGGUACAGGUAAAACAGAGUCUGUCAAGGAUCUUGGCAAGAAUUUGGGAAAAUGGGUUGUUGUAUUCAAUUGCUCUGAUCAAAUGGACUAUCGUGGUCUUGGCCGAAUUUACAAAGGCUUGGCACAGAGUGGAUGUUGGGGAUGUUUUGAUGAGUUCAAUCGAAUUGAACUUCCUGUGCUUUCUGUAGCUGCUCAACAGAUUGGGUGUGUAUUUUCUGCAAGAAAAGAACGCAAAACAUCAUUUAUCUUCACUGAUGGCGACACUGUGGAGCUCAAUCCUGAGGUUGGCAUGUUUAUUACCAUGAAUCCGGGCUAUGCUGGUCGUGUAGAGCUGCCUGAAAAUCUCAAGGUGCAUUUCCGCUAUGUUGCCAUGAUGGUGCCUGACCGACAAAUUAUUAUCCGAGUCAAGCUUGCUGGAUGUGGUUUUAUUAGCAAUUUGAUUCUUGCCAAAAAAUUCUUUGUACUCUACCGUCUCUGUGAAGAACAAUUAUCCAAGCAAGUUCACUAUGAUUUUGGAUUGCGUAAUAUUUUAUCUGUGCUGCGUACCUGUGGUUCUGUCAAGAGAGCAAAUCCCGAAGAUUCUGAAAAUUUGAUCAUCAUGAGGGUUCUUCGUGACAUGAAUUUGUCCAAACUCGUUGAUGAAGACGAAUCUCUUUUUUUAAGCUUGGUCAAUGAUUUGUUUCCUGGUCUGUCUGCUAAAAAGGGAAGCUAUCCAAAUGUCGAAACUGCAGUGGAUCAGCAGCUUGCAGAAGUCAAUCUUAUUAGCCAUCCACCGUGGACACUCAAAGUUAUCCAGUUGUAUGAAACAGCCAAGGUGCGACACGGUAUCAUGAUUCUUGGUCCUACUGGAACUGGUAAAACCAAAUGCAUCAACGCUUUAUUGAAAGCCAUGACUGCGUGUGGUGAUCCACACAAAGAAUUGCGUAUGAAUCCCAAAGCCAUCACGGACUACCAAAUGUUUGGUAAACUUGAUGUUGCAACCAAUGACUGGACCGACGGUAUUUUUUCUUCGCUUUGGAGAAAAACGCUUAAACGAAAAGGAGAAACUGUGUGGAUCAUUUUAGAUGGUCCCGUUGAUGCAGUGUGGAUUGAAAAUCUCAACUCUGUAUUGGAUGAUAACAAGUGUUUGACGCUUGCCAAUGGCGAUCGUAUUCCCAUGUCCCCUGCGUGCAAACUAACGUUUGAGGUGCACUCCCUUCGAAAUGCCAGUCCUGCUACUGUAUCUCGUUGUGGUAUGAUUUACAUUGGUGUCAUUACCUUGACAUGGGAUAUUGUUUUACAAUCGUGGCUUAAAGUACGACCACUCAACGAAGUUGGUGUAUUAGAAGCACUUUUCAACUCUAGUUUUGGCAGCGUUAAUCAAUUUUUGAUUCUAGAGUUGCAUCCAAAAAUGAUUAUUGCUCCAGUCAAUUAUGUUGUCAACACAACAAUCCUUUUGAAUGGUUUGAUUCCAAAAGCUGAAGCAAACAAAUCACAAGUUUCUGCCGAGCAUCUGGAGCGCCUUUAUGUGUAUGCGCUAUUUUGGUCAUUUGGCUCACUGCUUGAGCUUGAUGAACGCAAAAAACUUCAGCAUUUUAUGAUUGAGAAAAUUCCUGAUCUCAAGUAUCCGCCUAUUGAUCCCAAUUCCCAAGAUACAUUUUACGAGUUUUUUGUCAACGACAAUGGCCAGUGGCAACAUUGGCGUGAUCGUGUUGUAGACUGGAUGUAUCCUCAAGAUAUCACGCCAGAGUUUUCUUCCAUCAUUAUCCCCAUGGUGGACAAUGUUCGCACCGAAUUUAUGAUGGAGACUGUCACUAAACAGGGUCGCGCUGUGCUUCUUAUUGGUGAACCUGGCACUGCAAAAACUGUAACGGUAAAAAAGUAUCUAGCCAAAUUAAACCCAGACACGCACUUGUCAAAAAACCUUAGUUUUUCAUCUGCCACUACACCCAUGAUUUUCCAGCGUACUAUUGAGAGUUAUCUUGAUAAGCGUAUGGGUUCUACUUAUGGACCGCCUGCAGGGAAAAAGAUGAUCAUCUUUAUCGACGAUAUCAAUAUGCCCGAGAUUAAUGAAUGGGGAGACCAAGUGACAGGUGAAAUUGUGCGUCAGCUGAUGGAGUAUCAGGGAUUCUACUCUCUUGAUCGACCAGGAGAUUGGACAGCAAUUGUUGAUUUAUUCUUUUUGGGUGCCAUGAUGCAUCCUGGUGGUGGCAGAAACGAUAUUCCAUCUCGUCUGAAACGCCAGUUUGUUGUUUUUAACUGCACUAUUCCAUCCGACAACUCUGUAGACAAGAUUUUUGGAACAAUGCUCGAGGGACAUUUUUGUGCUGCUCGAAACUUUGCUCCAGACGUUGUUUCUAUGAUUGCUCGCAUGCCUCCAUUAAUGCGUCGCCUAUGGCAAAUGACCAAAGUUAAAAUGCUUCCUACUCCAGCUAAAUUUCACUACAUUUUCAACUUGCGUGAUCUGAGUCGCAUUGUUGAAGGCAUGCUCAAUUCCACACCAGAAUCUGUACCAAAUGAAAAGAUUCUCUUAAACCUUUGGGAGCACGAGUGCUCUCGUGUACUCCCAGAUCGUUUUAUCACUCAAGAAGAUGCCGACUGGUUUUCAAAAGCAACAGUCAGUUUAAUUCAAAAAGACCUUGGCGACGAAUACUCUGCUGUUGUUGCCAAUAAAAGUUACUUUGCCGAUUUUAUGCGCGAGCCACCUGAAAAUGAAGAUCCAGAGGCCGAAGUUGAUUUGGAAGCACUCAAGAUUUACGAAAAAGUUGCUUCUUUUGAUGCUUUGAGGGAACGCUUGACAGAAUAUAUGAAGCAGUACAAUGAAAGCAUUCGUGGAUCAAAAAUGGAUCUAGUUCUUUUUGAGGAUGCCAUGAAGCACAUUGCCCGUAUUUCACGCAUUAUUCGGAUGCCUCGCGGAAAUGCUCUUUUAGUUGGUGUUGGAGGUUCUGGUAAGCAAUCGCUUACAAAGCUUGCAGCAUUCAUUGCCAAGAGUCAAGUGUUUCAAAUUGCCAUUACCAAAAACUACAAUGUAUCCAAUCUUAUGGAAGAUCUCAAACUCAUGUACAAGGUUGCGGGUGCUCAAGGAAAAUCAAUGACAUUCAUAUUUACCGACAACGAGGUCAAAGAGGAAGGGUUUCUUGGAUUUAUCAACAAUAUUUUAACUUCGGGUGAAAUUGCCAAUUUGUUUGCAAAAGAUGAAGUGAUUAGCAUUUCAUCUGAUUUACGUGGCUCACUCAAGAAACAACGACCAAAUGUCAUUGACACGAUUGAAAAUCUAUGGCAAUUCUUUAUUGAUAGAGUCAAGGCAAAUCUUCAUGUUGUAUUGUGUUUUUCGCCUGUUGGUGAUAAGUUCCGCAACCGCUCGCUCAAAUUUCCCGGCCUCGUUUCGGGCUGCACAAUGGAUUGGUUCAGUCGCUGGCCCAACGAGGCUCUUCGAGCUGUCGCUGACAAAUUUGUGUCUGAAAUGGAUAUUGCAUGCUCCGACCAAACUAAAAAGGAAGUGGUGUAUCAUAUGGCGUUUGUUCAUGAUCUGGUGACCGAUGCCUGCAACAACUAUUUUAUGCAAUUCCGUCGUCGCACACACGUAACACCAAAAUCAUAUCUCUCCUUUCUUGCAUCGUAUAAAUCCUAUUAUAGAAAUAAGCGUGAAGAAGUUGGAGGAUUAUCCGAUCGCAUGAAUAUGGGUUUGUCUAAACUAGUGGAAGCGUCUAAAUCGGUUGCUGUUUUGCAAGAUCAGCUUGUGGUUAAAGAAAAAGAGCUGGCGGUGGCUUCGAAAGCUGCAGAUGCAGUGCUUGCAGAGGUUACCGCAAGUACAAUGUCUGCCGAAAAAGUCAAGGAUGCAGUGCUCAAAGUAAAAACCAAGUCUGAAGGUAUUGCUAAUACAAUCAAAGCCGACAAAGUGUAUGCCGAGUCACAACUCGAAGCCGCUAAACCUGCUCUUGAAGAGGCACGAAAUGCACUUAAUUCUAUUCAACCUGCUCAUAUAUCUACUGUUCGUAAGCUUGCCAAACCACCCCAUCUGAUUAUGCGUAUUAUGGACGGCGUGUUGCUUCUUAUGAAACGUAGGAUUGACACAAUCACGCAGGAUCCUGACAAACCUUGUAUGAAACCUUCGUGGUCUGAAUCGCUUAAACUUAUGUCUGCAUCCGACUUUUUGACCAAUCUACUUAACUUUGCCAAGGAUGAAAUUAAUGAAGAAACCGUCGAGUUUCUUGAACCUCUGAUGGAGAUGCCCGACUUUAAUCUGGAAGGCGCUAAAAAGGUUUCUGCAGAUGUAGCCGGUCUUGCAUCUUGGGUCGGAGCCAUGGCAACAUACUAUGGUGUCAAUAAAAAAGUGAUCCCACUCAAGGCUAAUCUCAUCGUUCAAGAGCACAAGCUGACUAUUGCCAUGGAAGAUCUGAACAAAGCACAGCAAAUGCUUGACGAAAAGCAAGCUGAGCUCGACGUAUUCCAAGCUAAAUACAAUGAAGCCAUAUCCAACAAGCAAAUGUUGCAAGCAGAUGCCGAUAGUUGCAAGCGAAAAAUGAAUGCAGCGACCGCGCUAAUUAGUGGUUUGAAGGGCGAAAAGGAUCGAUGGACAAUUCAAAGCAAAGAGUUUGCAGAACGGAUUGGACGACUUGUUGGCGACAUUAUUCUUGCUACUGCCUUUUUAUCUUAUAGUGGUCCAUUUAAUCAGACAUUUAGAUCACAGCUGCUACAGGACUGGCGAAAAGAGCUUAGUCGUCGCAAGAUUCCUCAUACAGAAGAUCUUGAUAUUAUUGGCUUGCUUGUUGACAACACCACAGUAGGAGAAUGGAACAUCCAAGGUCUUCCUACUGACGAACUAUCAAUACAAAACGGUAUUAUUGUCACUAAAGGCACUCGCUUCCCCCUGUUGAUUGAUCCACAAAACCAAGCCAAAGUGUGGAUUAAAAAUCGCGAAGAGCAGAAUAAGCUUCAGGUUACCACACUUACCCACAAAUACUUUCGCCAGCACAUUGAUGACUGUGUAAGUCAAGGUCGUCCGCUUCUUAUUGAAGAUGUGGAGGAGGCAUUGGAUCCUACACUUGAUAAUAUUUUGGAGCGUAACCUGAUUAAAGCCGGCCGUGGAUUCAAGGUUGUCUUUGGAGACAAAGAGAUUGAUUGGUGUGAUGGAUUCUACGUAUUCAUCACAACAAAACUACCCAAUCCAAAUUACAAUCCAGAGAUCUACGCCAAGUGCUCAAUUAUUGACUUUACUGUUACGAGUAAGGGUCUUGAAGAGCAGUUGCUGGGUCGCGUAAUCAUGCGUGAAAAACAAGAGCUUGAAACCGAGCGUGCCAAGUUGUUAGAGGAAGUUAAUUUCAACAAGCGUAAAAUGAAACAGCUUGAAGAUAACCUGCUAGAGCGAUUGACAUCUACUAAAGGAUCACUUGUGGAUGACGAAUCUCUGAUUGAAGUGCUUGCCGUGACGAAAACCACAGCUGAAGAAGUCAACGAGAAACUUGUUGUUGCUGCUGAUACCCAAAAGAAGAUCAGUAUUGCCCGAGAAGAGUAUCGUCCAGUAGCAAGUCGUGGGUCAAUUAUUUAUUUCCUAAUUGCUGAAAUGAGCAUGGUAAACGUCAUGUACCAAACAUCACUAAAGCAGUUCCUACAGCUUUUCGAUGAGAGUAUGGAAAAGGGAACACCGUCGCCCAUUCCCAGCAAGCGUAUUCAAAAUAUCAUCGAGUACUGUACUUUCCGCGCUUUCUCUUACAUAACCCGUGGUUUAUACGAAAUUCACAAGGUUAUUUUUGUGCUUUUAUUGGCUCUCAAAAUUGAUGUCUUCCAUAACAAGGUCACACAUGAAGAAUUUCGCUGCUUGAUCAAAGGCGGGGCAAUGUUGGACAUCAAUACAGUUACUAAAAAACCCUUCAAUUGGAUUCCUGAUAUGACCUGGCUCAACCUGGUUGCAUUGAGUAAGAUGCCCGGUUUUGCUGACGUUCUCAAUCAAGUUGGUAAAAAUGAAAAAGCGUGGCGCUCUUGGUACGAAAAAGAUGCUCCUGAAAAUGAGCUUUUACCUGGCGGAUACCAAAAUUCGCUGGAUGCAUUCCGUCGACUUUUACUGGUUCGUUCAUGGUGUCUGGAUCGCACGGGUAUGAUGUCCAAGCAGUAUGUUGCUUCUUCUAUGACCGUCCGGUUUGCCGAAUCUCAAAUAUUGGAUCUCGAUUCGCUGUUGGGCGAGUCGAAUAACCGCACACCCAUGAUAUGUUUGCUAUCUCAAGGCUCUGACCCUUCAUCUGAUAUUGAAAAUCUGUCUAAAAAGUACAAGAUCGACAUGAAGGCUAUUUCUAUGGGACAGGGGCAGGAGGUUCAUGCGCGAAAGCUUCUUUCUACAUUUAUGACUAAUGGAGGUUGGGCUUUAUUACAAAACUGUCAUUUGGGAUUACCAUUUAUGGACGAACUUCUCAGUCUGAUUGUUGAAACUGAGGCUAUUCAUGAGAAAUUCAGACUCUGGAUUACCACGGAUGUGAGCAUCAAGUUCCCCAUCACAUUUUUACAAACGUCCAUUAAAUUUACAAACGAACCUCCACAAGGUGUAAAAGCUGGUCUCAAACGAACGUAUGCUUGGUUUACUCAGGACAUGCUAGAUAUGAGCGCUCGUCCGCAAUACAAGCCUUUGCUGUAUGGGCUCGCGUUUUUGCAUUCCAUUGUACAGGAGCGUCGCAAGUUUGGGCCUCUUGGCUGGAAUAUUCCAUACGAAUUUAAUCAAAGUGAUUUGGCAGCUAGUGUUCAAUUUGUGCAAAAUCAUGUUGAUGAGCUUGCUCCCAAAGCUAGCAUUUCCUGGAAUACUGCACGAUUUAUGUUUUGUGAAGUGCAUUAUGGCGGAAGAGUUACUGAUGACUAUGACAGGCGACUUCUUCAAACAUACGGCAAAGUAUGGUUUGGCGAUCAUAUGUUUUUGGACACUUUCUGCUUCUACAAAGGUUACACUAUUCCACAUUUAAAAACAAUCGAUGAGUACCGGCAAUCAAUUGAAGUUCUUCCGCUAACUGACACACCCGACGCCUUUGGAUUACACCCUAAUGCCGAUAUUUCCUGCCAAACCAAGGAAUCUCAGCGUAUGCUUGAUACCAUUAUGUCUAUCCAACCAAAGGACAGUGGCGGCGGCUCUGGAGAAACUCGUGAAGAAAUAGUAAAGCGUAUGGCCAACGAUCUUUUAAGCAAACUGCCUGAAUCCUUUGAUAAGAAUCGCACUAAACUCACGAUCCAAAAGCAAGGCGGUCCCAAGCCACUCAAUAUCUUUUUAGGGCAAGAAAUUGAUCGCAUGCAGGCAGUCAUUUCUGCAGUCAAAUCUACUCUGUCAGAUCUUCGCUUGGCUAUUGACGGAACAAUUAUUAUGGCAUCUGGAUUGCAAAAUGCAUUGGAUGCUCUAUAUGAUGCUCGUGUGCCUGAAUCAUGGGUCAAGAUAUCAUGGCAAAGUAGUACACUGGGACUAUGGUACUCGGAGUUCCUAGGACGUGCUGCACAAUUCCAUACUUGGCUAUAUGAUGGUCGGCCACUUGUGUUUUGGCUUUCAGGUUUUUUUAACCCUCAAGGUUUCCUUACUGCCAUUCGACAAGAAAUUACACGUACUCAUAAUGGAUGGGCACUUGAUAAUGUCAAGCUUGCACCAGAAGUUAUGAAGCAUAUGAAGGAAGACAUCACCGCUCCGCCAUCCGAAGGUGUCUAUAUUUAUGGUCUGUUUAUUGAAGGAGCUGGCUGGGAUAGGAAAAAUAUUAGAUUAACAGAGUCACAGCCCAAGGUCAUCUUCCAAAGUAUGCCAGUAGUGCAUGUAAGUGCUACCAAUUCAACUGAUGAUGGUGACCCGCGUAUGUAUAGAUGUCCCGUGUAUCGCCGACCUCGACGUACCGACCAAAAUUACAUCUUUGAUAUUGAGCUCAAAACACAACAGACUCCCGACUAUUGGAUUUUGCGUGGUAUUGCACUAUUAUGUGCUACAAGCUAAUUAAAAGGCACUACUAUCAUGAAGGCUUUUAGGUAAACAGUUAUACUAUCAAGACUGACUAUCUUGAUAUAAAUAAAAGAUGUAGUUGAUGAACCUG